GUGGAGUGGCAGAGCAAAACUGGAAGGAUGCAGAAAGCUGGAGAGAUUCAGUGGGAGGCAGGCAGAAUUACUGGACAUCUCCUUAGUCACAGCAAGAAAAAUUGGAAAUGUUCCAGAGUGAUCCAUCAACUUGGCCAGAGAUUCUUGCCAGGCUAAGCUCUCCCCUUUCUGCUUUCUCGAGGGAUAUCAUGGGGAAACUGCAGAGCAAAAUUCGUAGCAGGCCCUCUAAAUACAGGGCUGAGGAAGAGAACCCACCCUCCAAGACUGUGUUGCAGUACAGCCCGGCUCACGGGGAUGCUGUUGCUUCUGUGGCUUCCCUCCCACCAGAUCUGUGCCUGUCAGGAGGAAAAGACAAGACGGUUGUUGUAUACAACUGGAGAUGUGGCACUGUGGUUAGGCGGUUUCUGGGACACGAACGGGAAGUCACAAAGGUCACCGGCUUCCCCCAUUCCAACUGGCUUUUCAGUGCAUCCCGAGACAAAACAGUACUGCUGUGGCAGUUGCAUGGCACUCUUGGGCCAGCUCAGUGUUUCUCAGGACACGAUCUGGUAGUCACCGGACUGGCUGCUAGCCCAGCUUUCCGACAGCUCUGCACAGGUUCCCGUGACAACACUGUCUGCCUGUGGGACAUAGAGACAGGUGACUGUUUGCACAGAGCUCCCAUUUCAAGGAACCUGGUAACACACCUUUGCUGGAUUCCUGGUGAGCCAUAUGUCAUCCAGACAUCAGAAGAUAAAGCAGUCAGGAUCUGGGACACUCGGGAACUGCAGGUGGCGCAUUGCUUUCCUGCCAAACAGCACAUCCAGACAUCCUGCGACGUGAGCUCAGACGGGCACUACUGUGUCAGCAGCAGCUCCGGAUUUGGUGGGGAAGGCUGUGAAGCUACGCUCUGGGACCUGCGGCAGACCAGAAGUAGCAUCCGUGAGUUCCGGGGCCACUUCCAAACCACAGCAUCUUGCAUCUUCCUCCCAAAAUGCCUCACCACCUUCCCUACCAUUGCCACUUCAUCACACGAUGGCACGAUAAAAUUGUGGAGCCAGGAUACUGGAGCCUGCCUCACCACCACCUGCCUUGAAGGGUCUGGGCCUCUGCCUUCGCUAUCUGCUAGUGAGACCGGCGGCCUCCUCUGCGCCAGCUCCAAUUCUGGGAUUCAUCUGCUGAGAGUCAGUUCCGCAAAAGGACUGGAGCUACUGGAGGUGGCCAAGUUUUGACCCUAAGAGACCAGCUACCAUGGCGAACUAUGGCAUCAUGAGAGAAUGUGCAGUGUAUGGAUAGAUGGGGUAGAAAUCUGCAUUGGGAUGUGUGGCAAUUUCAUGAAACGAAAGCAGCAAUGGAUAAGAAGUCUUUCAUGUUGAGUUUUGUGCUGCUGUUAACGUAAUGCAGGGGCUCAACUGGUGGAGGUGGCUGGCCUUAUAGUGGCCAGGUCCAGUCAGCAGAGACCUGAGGGCUCUUUUUGCUGAUUGAAGCACAGCAAAAACAUACCUCAUGGCAGAGCAGUGCCUUGUGAUUCGUCCACAGUUCACACUGCUUCUACCUGGACAGUUCUUUAAAAAUGCAAUAGCAGGUGGAUGGUAUAGAUUAGUUACUGCCCUGUUUCUCUCCACCCAAAAUUAUUUAAGUCGGUCAAUCAUAGUUAUAUUUCACUGUUUCAAGGAAUGCAGGGUGCUCUACCAGGAAUGAGAUAAUCCCAUUUCAGCCCUCACAAUAGCCCUGGUCAUACCCAACAAGCUUCAUGGUUCAACUGGGCACUUAACUUAUUUUUGGAAAUUAGAAUGUCCAGUUAUAAACAGACAGACAUGAGUUCAAAUUCCCAUUCUGCAUGAAGCUCAUUGGACCCAUCACUUCUUAACCUAAUUUACCUCACAAAAUGGAGGAGGGAUAGCCACAUAUGCUACUUUCAACUCCUUAAGGGAUAGGUAUAUGUGUGAGGGAGGAAAUCUAACAAAUUACAUUAAACCUGAAUAUCCCCAAUCUAUUAUAUCUUUGUUUUUUCCUUUCUUCAAGAACUUCAAGGCUGUAUAUGUGGGAUUAUACCACUUUAUCUUUACACCAGUGAAUGGGUUAAUACAGGGAAUACAGGGGAAUCUGAAUACCUGGCACAGACAGAA